CCAUCUUUAUUGACGAUAAGAAGAAGUAUCGAAAUACCCAUGCUCUGAGAGCAAAUGUAAACAAUGCCUGACAUCGAUUCGGUGAACAUAUCCUUACCAAGUCUUCUGGAUGAGGUUUUUGCAAAAUUCUCCCCAAGAGCUAGUAAAGAGAAUAUUGGUGAACUUUUAGUUGAAUUGGAUGCACUGUUAAGUUCACGUGUGGUGCAAGCGGCUUUACAAUUGUUGGACUAUCAAAAUAUUGUUAUUUACCACAAUUCUUCCAAAACCCAACAAAUUGCUGAAAUAAACGAAGGUUAUCGUCACGGCACACUAAAAUUGGUGCGUUUGUUUCCUCGCAUUAACUACUGUACUUGUGAUAAUUUCCAGCAACAGGUGGUGGGAAACCAAACCAAUCCAUCUACAGCUCCAUACACCUGUGAACACGUACUGGCCUUGCGUUUAGCGGUUCUACUUGAAAGUGAUAAGUUGCGCUACGAAGAAUUGCCUGCGCACAAAUUGAAAACACUCUUCUCAAGGUUUUUGCCGGAUAAUGUCAUUGACGACUAAAAAUCGAAUAGAUUUCAAUAAACCACUUCGUCCAUCGGUCUGAUGCAACAUUCGAAACUUUUGUAUGAGAAAGGAAUUUUGCACAACAAAAAAAUGCUAACACAAUCCCAAUAUUCGAAUUUCAAGUUUGUCGCUCGUCUUGAUCAAAUUAAAACUUUUACGGCCGGCAUUAAGGCGUUACUUUUUGCAGAACAUGGUGCUUUCAUGAUCAAUGAAGAUGGCUUCACUUGCACUGUCGAACAGGGCAAAUGUAUACAGGCUUCAUUGUUUAUGAUGCCAGCGUGUUUUUCCGAGUUUUAUGUUGAUGGUGUUUUACAUUUCAAUGUAAACAUGAAUGUGCUCAAUGAAUGCUUGAGCAUAUUCGCUGGCAUUGAUUGUACUAUGAAAAUGUUGUACAAAGGACCCGAAGCACCGCUCAUAUUGGUUUUGGAACCCCAAGAUGAAUGUGAAAUUAGCACAGAGUGCUCGAUAAAAACCACUGUACAAGAAGAACCAAUGGAAUAUUCAUUAGACGAUAACAGUAGCAGUCUGAAUGUCAUAUUUAUACGUGGGCCUGAUUUAUCGAAUAUUUUUCAAGAAUUUGAUAAAUCCACUGAGGAGUUGGAAAUUACCAUCUCGCCGAGGAGACCACAUUUUAAAAUCGACACUCUCGGUGUAAUGCAGUCUGAAUCGAGCAUUGAAGUGGCUAAGUCUAGCGACAUGAUUCUAAUGUUUAAUUGUCGUGAAACCACGAAGGCACGCUACAAGUCAUCACUGGUUCGCAUGACACAGAAAGCCUUAUCGGUGGCGAGUAAAGUUGCAAUUAAGACUGAUUUAAGUGGCCUAAUGGAAAUGCAUUUUAUGUUACAAGAUGACAGUCAGGCUGAGGUUUAUAUACAAUUUUUUAUAACGCCCUUGGCGGAAAUGGAUUAAUAAAAUGGUUUUAUUAUAAAACAAA